AACAGGGAGUACAAGGAACUGCCAUCAUCUGAACUGAUUCGGUGAAAUAAAUGGUUGCAUCAGUGACUGAUUCGCUCAAAGGAAUAAAUGAUUAUAAUACCAUGGGUGAAGAGGAAGUCGAUGAUGGUGGUGGCGUUUUAUUGCGGGAGAAUGAUGAAUUCAACACAUUCUCCCUGUUUCAGUCACACUUUCACAUCCCUUGCUCAGCUAUGUACAGAGGGUCCGUUAAUGGAGGCUGUAAACGUUCUUCUUACAACACAGGAUCCUCCUCGAGACAUUUCUACAUAUCUUCAGCUAUUGAAAACCUGCAUCGCCAAAAAGGCACUUGCAGAGGGUAAACUAAUCCAUUCUUACAUCAAUGUCAGGGGAUUUGCAUUUGUCACCCACACACUUUUGCAGAAUACACUCAUCAACACGUAUAACAAAUGUGGAAGUUUGAAGGAUGCUCGCAGAGUUUUUGACUGCAUAAGACAACCAGACGUCCUCUCAUGGAAUAUGAUAAUGUUAGCUUACAGAAGACAUGGACAUUCUCAAGAGGCAUUAGCACUGUUUAGCCAAAUGCAACAAACGGAUGUGCAACCUGAUUUGUUCACUUUUACACAUAUCCUUCCAGCAUGUGCCAAAAUGAGAGCAUUGGAACAGGGUAUGGAGAUACAUCAAAAGAUAAUCGAAUAUGGGUUUUUAUCAGAUGUCGUAGUUGGGAAUUCUCUGAUAGACAUGUAUGUGAAAUGUGGAAGCGUACCAAAGGCACGCGAACUGUUUGACAAAAUACCCCAACGAGAUCCGGUUUCAUGGACAGCUAUGAUUGCAGGAUAUGCUCAAAAUGGUGUUUUGCGUGAGGCAAUGAGUCUUUUUAAGGAAAUGCCUCAACCGAAUGUGAUUUCGUGGACCGCGAUGAUAGUAGGAUAUGCGCGAAAUGGAUUUGUUAGGAAUGCUGUGGAGUUUUUUAAGCGAAUGCAAUUGGCAGGUGUAAAACCUAAUGCAGUAACCUUUGCUAGCAUUCUCCCAGCAUGUGCCAGUACGGGAGCCUUGGAACAGGGUAUCGAGAUACAUCAGAGAGUGAUAGAAGGUGGUUUUUUGUUAAAUGUUGUAGUUGGGAAUGCCCUGAUUGAUAUGUAUGCAAAAUGUGGAAGGUUACAGAAGGCACAUCAACUGUUUGACAAAAUGCCUCAAUGUGAUGUGGUUUCAUGGAAUACAAUUAUUGCUGGAUAUGCACAAAGAGGUGCUCUUGAUGAGGCUUUGACGCUUUUCAAAAAAAUGCCUCAACGAAAUGUAAUCUCGUGGAAUGCAAUGAUCGUAGGCUAUGCACAACAUGGUGAAUUUGAUGAAGCUUUUAAGGUUUUCAAUGAAAUGCCUCAACGAAAUUCGGUCUCAUGGACUGCAAUGAUUUCAGGAUUUGCAAAACAUGGGCUUGCUGAGGAAGCCUUGGGGUUCUUUAAAGAAAUGCAAUUGGAAGGAGAGAAACCAGAUUUGUCAACCUUUGCCAGCAUCCUCCCAGUUUGUGGGCAACUUGGAGCAUUGGAACAGGGUAUGGAGAUCCAUCAAAGAAUAAUAGGAACCAGAUUUUUAUCAGAUAUAGUGAUAGUUACUGCCCUGAUAGAGAUGUAUAUAAAAUGCGGAAGCAUACAUAAGGCGCGCAAAUUGUUUGACAAGAUGCCUCAACAAGAUGCCGUCUCAUGGAAUUCAAUAAUUGUUGGAUACGCACAAAAUGGUGUUCUUGAUGAGGCUUUACGGCUUUUUGAAGAAAUGCCUCAGCAAAAUGUGGUUUCAUGGACUGCAAUGAUUGCUGGAUAUGCACAAAAUGGGCUUAUUGAGAAGGCCGUGGAGUUCUUUAAGCAAAUGCAAUUGGCCGGUGUAAAGCCAAACUCGGCAACCUUUUCUACUAUCCUCCCAGCAUGUGCCAAGAUGGGAGCUUUAGUACAAGGUAUGGAGAUCCAUCAAAGAAUAAUCGAACAUGGAUUUCUGUCAGAUGUCAUAGUUGUGACUGCUCUGAUAGACAUGUAUGCAAAAUGUGCUAACAUUCAGAGGGCACGGAAAUUAUUUGACAAAUUGCAACAUCCAAAUGUGAUCUUAUGGACUGCAAUGAUUACAGGAUAUGCAAUUCAUGGCAAUAGCAAUGAUGCCCUUAAACUCUUUGAACUAAUGAAGCACUCCGGACUCAACCCAAACCAUGUAACUUUUGUUUCUGUUUUAUUUGCAUGCAGCCAUGCAGGUCUGGUGGAUGUGGGCUGUAAAUACUUCAAUUGCAUGAGAUAUUUAUAUUGCAUUACGCCUAUAGUGGAUCAUUAUAUAUGCAUGGUUGACCUUCUUGGACGAGCUGGCUAUCUUGGGGAAGCUCUAAACUUCAUCAUCAAAAUACCAAUAAAACCUGAUGUGGUUGUCUGGAUAUGUUUGCUUGGUGCAUGCAGAUCACAUGCAAAUGUACCGCUAGGAGAAUUCGUGGCAACAAUCCUUUUUGAGUUGGAUUUUAAAAGUACUGCACCUUAUGUUCUUUUAUCAAACAUUUAUUCAGAAGUGGGAAGGUGGGGUGACGUUCAAAAGGUAUGGAAGUUGAUGAAAGAUAGAGGAAUUAGAAAGAUGCCUGGAUGCAGCUGGAUUGAAGUCCAUAAAAUGGUACAUGCUUUUUGUGUUGGAGACAGGUCACACCCACAAACACAUGACAUCUACGCAAAGUUGGACGAAUUGUAUUGGGAGAUGAAGCAAGCAGGGUAUGUUACAGACUCAAAACCAGCACCCAAUGAUGUAGAGGAAGGGGAGGAGAAGUUAUUUCACCGCCACCAUAGUGAGAUGUUGGCACUUGCAUUUGGGUUGAUAAACACAUCCCCUGGAUCAACAAUUAGAGUUGUCAAGAACCUUCGUGUAUGUAUUGACUGCCACACUGCAACCAAGUUUAUCUCCAAAAUUGUUGCAAGAGAAAUUGUUGUGAGAGAUGCGAACCGGUUCCAUCAUUUUGAACAUGGACAUUGUUCAUGUGGAGAUUAUUGGUGAAGUUUAAAGAAGCAAUCUAUCAAGACAAGCUAGCACUACAGCAAAUACUAUGUUGCCACGCUUGCAGUGGUGAGAUUGAACUGGAUACAAUUUCCAGUUUUCAAAACCAUUGUUUAAAGAGCUAGACCGUGCUGUUGAUUCUAUUGUACUUCAUCAUUACUGCCUUGGCAUGCUGAUGAGAAGAUACUGUUUAAGCCCUGUCUUUUAGAAAGGGUUAAGAGCCGGAAGCAGUGGAAGGCUUGAAGAGAACGGACAAUUGCUGAGCCUAUCGUAGAAGAGUUUACAAUCAUUCCUUGGGGAGAGAAUCGAAUGAUCGCUCCUUUGUUCUCUGCUCCAGAUGACCUCAUUUUGGUCCUCUUUAUGAGUAAUUGUUUUAUCUCAUGGCUAUGAUAGGUCUGCCUUUGGGACCUAAAAUAUACCUACAAAAUUACAGAUGCAAAUUUACCUAUUUGUGGCGUUCACAAUAGGUAUUUCGGGCUAAUGAAAUAGAAAAAGGAAAGUA